CCCGCUUUUGCCACUUGUCCGCAGUGCCCAGGGACACCUGGAGGGGGUGGGCGUGUGCUGGCUUGAAUUCAGGCUUAGCCUAGAGGCUCUCAGGGGAGAUCAGCAAAGUGCAGGCCCUCGUUAGCCUCAGAUGGAGAGUGACAGGGACGUCCUAGAUGGGUGCCAGGCCUGCUGGAGGCUUCAUGUGUGCCGCUCACUGGUUUCUAGUACGUUCAGGGCUGUGCAACCAUCACCACUAAUUCCAGAACGUUCCAUAACCCCAAAGAGAAGCCCCAGCCCAUGACAACCAAGAACCCACUCUCUGUCUCUGGAUUUGCCUGUUCUGGACGUUUCCCAUCAAUGGAAUCACACACUGUGUGUCCUUCUGUGCCUGGCUUCUCUCACUGGGCAUCAUGUUCUCAAGGUCUGUCCACGUUGUAGCGAGUGUCACUGCUGCUCUCCUUUUCAUGGCUGAGAGAUGCUCCCAUGUGUGGAGGGACAGCUGGGCUGUUUUCACUCUGCCCAGUGAGUCAUGCUGCUAUGAGUAAUUAGAUCCCGAGCGGGAAGAAGUUCCGGAGCAAGCCCCAGCUGGCGCGCUACCUGGGCGGCUCCAUGGACCUGAGCACCUUCGACUUCCGCACGGGCAAGAUGCUGAUGGGCAAGAUGAACAAGAGCCGGCAGCGGGUGCGCUACGACUCCCCGAGCCAGGUCAAGGGCAAGCCCGACCUGAACACGGCCCUCCCGGUCAGGCAGACUGCGUCCAUCUUCAAGCAGCCAGUGACCAAGAUCACCAACCAUCCCAGCAACAAGGUGAAGAGCGACCCCCAGAAGGCCGUGGAGCAGCCCCGGCAGCUCUUCUGGGAGAAGAAGCUGAGCGGCCUGAAUGCCUUUGACAUCGCGGAGGAGCUCGUGAAGACCAUGGACCUCCCCAAGGGCUUGCAAGGCGUGGGUCCCGGCUGCACGGAUGAGACGCUGCUCUCGGCCAUCGCCAGCGCCCUACACACCAGCACCAUGCCCAUCACCGGGCAGCUCUCAGCCGCCGUGGAGAAGAACCCCGGAGUGUGGCUCAACACAGCCCAGCCACUCUGCAAGGCCUUCAUGGUGACCGACGAGGACAUCAGGAGGCAGGAGGAACUGGUACAGCAGGUCCGCAAGCGGCUGGAGGAGGCGCUGAUGGCCGACAUGCUGGCCCACGUGGAGGAGCUGGCCCGCGACGGCGAGGCGCCGCUGGACAGGGUGGGCGCCGACGAGGAUGAGGACGACGAGGACCAGGAGGAGGGGCCCGACCAGGACCAGGAGAUGGAGCACGUCUAG